GAUCUUGCUGACUGUCGUUGUCAUCUUCCGUAUUCUGAUUGUGGCCAUCGUCGGAGAGACGGUGUACGAGGAUGAGCAGACCAUGUUCAUCUGUAAUACUUUACAGCCGGGCUGCAACCAAGCUUGCUAUGACAAAGCCUUCCCCAUUUCCCACAUCCGCUACUGGGUCUUCCAGAUCAUACUGGUGUGCACACCCAGCCUCUGCUUUAUCACCUACUCUGUCCAUCAGUCAGCCAAGCAGAGAGACCGGCGCUACUCUUUUCUCUAUCCAAUAAUGGAGAGGGACUACGGCGGAAGGGAUGGGGCUCGGAAGCUCCGCAACAUAAAUGGAAUUCUAGUUCAGCACGGAGGGGAUAGUGGAGGAGGGAAGGAAGAACCUGACUGUCUGGAGGUGAAGGAGAUCCCCAAUGCCCCACGGGGCCUCACGCACGGGAAGAGCUCCAAGGUUCGCCGUCAAGAAGGGAUCUCCCGCUUUUACAUCAUUCAGGUGGUGUUCAGAAACGCCCUAGAGAUUGGCUUCUUAGCGGGCCAGUACUUCCUUUAUGGCUUCAGCGUGCCUGGGAUUUUCGAGUGCGACCGCUACCCGUGUCUCAAGGAGGUGGAGUGCUACGUGUCCCGGCCCACAGAAAAAACGGUUUUCCUGGUCUUCAUGUUUGCCGUGAGCGGCAUUUGCGUUGUGCUCAAUCUGGCUGAGCUCAAUCAUCUCGGCUGGCGCAAGAUCAAGGCCGCCAUCAGGGGCGUCCAGGCCCGCAGGAAGUCUAUCUGUGAAAUCAGGAAGAAGGACAUGGCGCAUCUGUCUCAGCCACCCAACCUGGGACGCACACAGUCCAGCGAAUCGGCCUACGUCUGACGAUGAAGACAGACAACAGAGGGGGAGCGGGAUGAAUGUGCAACAGAGAGAAUGAACGAAUUCUGAUUUUAAUUUAAUGAAGAUGGUGUGGAGGUCAAACAAGAUGACCUCUCCUCUAUGACAGAAUGAAACAGAAUGUAAAAAAAAGACCAAACCUCAGGCUCUGCGGCGCUGAAAGUCAGCAGAGGCUUGAGAAGGAAGAAAAUUAGAGAGCAUCAAAGAGGACAACAAAUUUCGUUUUGCAAACAUACAUAAUAAAGACAUGCUGAUCUCAUAAGGAGAUAGUCCAACUGCCAUUUUAUACUUCUGUCUUUUUUAACUAACGACCUUCUCUGCUUCUCGUUUCUUAUGCGGAGAAUUAAAUCCUCACGGGGCUGAUCUAGAGAUGAGAGUAAGAGGGGAAGAGGGAGGAAAACAGAUGAGAGGCUGUUUUGUGUUCUCUGGGGAUAUUUGAAGGCGACAUGGUUGUUUGAUGCAUCCCAUGGUGCUUUUCUUCUGGACUGUGUCAGCCUCAGUGAAAAAAAAUGGGAGGGGGGGCAGGAUAGGGGAUGGGACAGGGAGGAUGAGCAGCAGCAACAUUAUUAAAAAGAGGAACGGAAGAACUGUCAAAGCCGUGACAGACUCUGGGGAAUGAAGGCAAGUUUGAGAGUGAGGGAGAACAGGAGGGAGACGUCACACUUUGGGAAAACAUAUGAACCAAGGAGGGGGGGGAAGACAGAAUGUUUUUCUUUUGCUUCCUCUCUUUGCCUGCUUGAGAUUUUGAGGUAGACCGACGCCAAGAGAGAAAGCGCUGCCUCCCAACAGCAUGUCAUGCCUCUGCUGGAACACCGUUACAAGCCAAAACCAAGAGAGUAAGACUGACGAUGUUUAUGUUUAGUCUCUUGGCAAAAGUUGAUUUUAACAGAAACACAGUGAGUACAAUAAACACUCCCCCCCCUCUCUGCCCUAUCCCUUACUCUUGCUCUGCUCCACUGUACAGACCCGAGGGGUUUUUCGAACGACAGCAGUGACCUUCGCUGCUCUCCUGCUGCGUAAACAUCUGAGAGGAACUAAUGAACAAACGGAUGAUCGGCCAGACAGCGUCAGUCUCUGCUAAAGCACAAACUCCACUCCCUCCAGCUUUUUCGUGUGCUAAGAGAUGAAACAAAAAGAGAAGAGCGAAAGAUAACGAAAGAGCUUGAGAAGAGAUCGCUUUACUACAACUUUAAACAGAUUUCAUAAAACACAUCACAAUGAAUAAUGAUUUUUCUUCUUUUGAGAAAGCGAUGGUGCCAUCCUUGAGAUAUUUAAUUAUUGCUGAAACGUUACAUAGAGUAUGUCAUGGUAAUAUUAUUUAUCCAUUUAGAGUAUAUCCAAAUAGAUUUAUUUAUCUUUAUGGGGCGGGUUGAUUGGGAAAUCUUGUUGCUGUACUUUUUAUGUAUAAACUGUCUGUCUUUUCUUUUCAUUUUAGUUGAGUUUGAAGCAUUUGUCACUGUAGGUCCUGAUUAAUGACAUGCACGGUGUAGGAAGGGGAGAGAUUUGUGAGCUUUGAUAUAAAAAAAUGCUUUGAGGAUGUGCAGCUGAUUUUUUCAAACUUCUUUUGCAGCUCUUUAGAAUAACACUUCUUGUUACUUAUCUGAAUUUAAAAUGCAGUUACACCUUUAUGUGUUUUAUAGAGCCUUGAUUUUCUUCAAAAAUCAGCUGCGCAGCUUCAGGUAAUUAAGGCCUAUGAGCCAUUAGACAAAGGCAUGUUUACACAAUGCGGUGUUUCUUGAAUGAUCAAGCUGUGUAACUGAUCGUAGUUGCUCUCUAGGGACAGUUGUAGGUUGUUUGUUUUUUUAAUUUCAGUGGCUUUCGUUUUGCAUUUCUUUCCUGACUGGAUUUCAGCAUGCAUGCAUGGUGAGAGAAAAGAGAAUGAUGUGCAAGAAACAGAAAAAGAUAAAGAUGACAGAGAGUGUUGCACCUUGAUUAUUGCAGACGAGUGAAAGAGUGGCAGACUGAAGGAAGUCACGCUGGGAAAAAGAUUGUAUUUCUGGACACAUACAGACAUGCACGAGUUUAUGAUGCAAAAGAUGGAGGGAACACACUGUGUGCCUACUGAACCAGAUAUAGAGACAGUUGGGUAUACUUUCGUUCCACCAGCAUGAUUUCCUCCUGUAACUCUGCGGGGAGGAGGCCCAGGUGACUGAGACAAGGGCACAAGAACAUAGCAGUUCAUGCCAAACUCACAAUUUGUCUGUUUAAGUCUUGUUGCAGAGGCCAUAAUCAGUUUACAGGUAAUUGUUACAGACCAACACUCUGUGCUUUCGCCAUUUAGGAGUAUCAAGUGAGCAUUUGCAAACUGAUCACCCCUACGGAGCUCUACAGUGCAGUGGCUUCUUGUAUUUUCUACACAGUCAGCCUUUAACUUAUAUUUUAUGUUAAGUCAUAAAAACCAUGCAGAGUACAUAUAAAUGAUCACUGAUCAUUUUAAAAAGAAAAAUCAGUGCCACAAAAUGAUAUUGAAGCUAUAGUGGAAAUACUCUGGAUAUGACAUGAUGCUAAGUAAUGGCCCUAGAUCUGCAGUUGGCCUUUGAGCUUAAGCAGCAGCUCUAUUUUUACAUUCACUCUUACUUUUAUAAUCUCUGUGAUUCUUACAGGUGAUUAUCCCCAGAUUUAGUCUCUUCUGAGGAUGCCGAUGGGACUCGGUGAAAUCAGCGAAGUUUACUACGUGGACUAGGAGGGACAAAUGUGCUGACAGGCCAUGCCAGAAUGCCUAAGGGUUGAGCAACCCCUUGGCCUUCACUUACUGUGAGCGUGUACUUCUAGUGAAAGCUUAAAUGCUGACCUUGAGCUUAAAAGCCAAGCCAAUGUCCUGUACUAUAUGCAGCUCUGGCUGAAGAGUCACUGCACAGUACAGCGCUGAUCUAAUCCCUGCAGAGCACAGGUCAGUGCUGGACUAUUUUUACUGAAUGGCGUGCACGCAUGUUCAACAUACACUCAUUCCGCUACAAAAACAAGCGAAUGCAAAAGUAGGAAGAGGAGUUUGAGCUCAGUUUAGAGCUCUUGGAUUCUGUCGUUAUGUCUGGUUUCAUUCAGGUCAGAAACACAAACAUGCACGCAGUGUGAGGAUGUGGAAGGCCAUAAACGUGUCCUGGUUUUCUUCGGUUUACAUUUAUCCAGAGUUCAUUAGCGACUUGCAGCCAGUCAGUGGGUCCAUCACGUUCCAAAAGUAAAAGCAGGCCUCAGUUCUUCCAGCAGUCCACUACUCUCCACCGUCUGCUUUUCUAUUUGUCAAUGUGAAAUGAAAUAUGCAAUUUAUUUAUUUUGUUUUUUUAUUUGCUUCUCUUUUUGACGUGUGGGUUCAUUUUGUUGUCUGUUGCUCUUUUCGUGCAGUGACAUAUCAAAAAAAAAAAGAAAGAUGUUUUUUCUAUGUAACGGAACAAAAAAAAACUAUAUGUGUAAAAUCAAGGGUAGAGUUCUGAAAUAUAAGACUAGCAGAAAAUAUGUUAUAUUUCCUCCCUUGCCAAAGUGAUAUGCAAAAUUUAAUUAAUUUUCAAAGAUUUUGUUUAUUUUAAAUGCAUGUGUAAUUGCUAGAGUAAGCAUGUUUCUAUGUUUUCUUCAACAGAAUCUUAAAAGAAAGGCUUUUUAAAGUCCAAAAUAUGGAAUGAAGCUAUUUUGUCUCGAUGCCAAGUGUGUAUAUAAUUUACCCAGUUUUCAGACACUACAGAGCCAGGCAGAGUAUACCAACUCAGUGAUGUUAAAACUACCUAUUACAUUUUAGCCAUUUGAAUUUCCAAAAGGCUAAACCACUGCAUACGGUAAAUCUUCUAGUUCAAGAAAUUUGCACACCGAUAUAUACCUUUAUAAUUAGUUGAGCUUUGUAAGCCAGUCGCUCAAAUGUUGUACUGUAAAAACCACAGGGUACACAGGAAUAUGAACGUACAGGUAAAAGACUGGCACCAUUUAGAUGUCAGAACAUUCCAGGGUUUAGCCUCCAGCACAAAGUGUAACUGACCUACAGUUUCCCGCGUUUUAGAGUUCGAUGAUUGACUCCUCAGUGAAGCUCCCUACGGACAACCUAUUCAGGAAAGAAAACUGGUGAUCUUUUACACCAGUCUUUUUUUUAGUACAAAUACACAAAAGAUUGCUUUUAUAAAAACAGUAUGCGUGUCAGCAUACCUUCCAUUUUCGAUCGAACCUUGUACUGUAAAGCCCAACAAUGAAAAUUGUCCUCAAGCCUGAUUGUUUACCUGUUGGUGCUACUGAGGUUGGAUUUCAGAUACAUUGCCACAUUCCCUAAUGUCCAGCACACUACUGCCCACAAAUGUACCACAGAUCAGUGCAGGUCUCCUUAAAAAAAAUCAAGCCGUUUCUCUUGACUGUUACUAACAGAUGGCCACGUGUGCAAAAGCAUACAGCCUGAUGACAUCAUUUCCCUAACUCUCCACUUACUUUACAAUGCAGAAAAGUAGCAAACAAAUUGAUUCCUCAGGAAACGCAGCCUGUAAAUGAGCUGUUUCAUUCAUUCACACAGAGCUCAUUGAACUUCUACAUAACUCUUUAUUCUGCUGCCAGAAAGACCUUAAAUUAACUUAAUCCCAUUAUGUAGCCAAUUUUAAGGGCUAGUAGUGGCCUCUGAGCAAGUUUUGAAAAAUGCCCCUCUCAUUCACUCAAGGGCUUCUUAGUACAAAUUGAAAAGCCAUGGAAAACAGAAAAGAAAUUCAAACUAGGCAUGGACAAUGUGCACUCAUAGCCCAAGAUUAAUAUAGUAUCGUCAGUUAGGCAUUAAAAUCAUUUUUGCAUUUAAAUUGAAAAUUAGACAACUUGUGUCAAAUGAAAAGCUUUUUACUCAGUUUAAUUAAAUGGAAAUGAAAGUUAAAAAACUCCUUUACCAGAUGUUCAGCUUCAUUUUAUUGUGAAACAAAAAUGUUCCCUCUUCCUCCUCUGAGCUCUGGGCGAUGCUGGUGCUGCCACCCUACAAGGUGCAUAACACCCAUUUCAGGUUUCAGGAAUGCACCUCUCAGUUAUAAUUACUUCAUCUAAUUAGACUGAGUGGUAGAUCCAGGCAGGAUGGCAUUUAACCAGUGCUGCCACCACCUACAGCAGUGGUCACAGUGCCAUUGAUGUGAUAUUACUACCUGGAAAGCUUCAGGUUGUUACAGUUAGUGGAAAAAAGGAGGUGCAGAACAAGUGGAACAUCAGUUCCACUCCCUUAUUUUCCAUCCUCCUGAUUAAGACCAGCAUUUCAUGAGCUCAGACCACGCUGUGUCUUUAAACCGAUGUUACAGUGAGAGGGAUGAAACCAGAAUUGUUGUGUUUUAGGGGAAUGGGGGAGCAAUGUCAAACAUGGCCAAUAUUUGGCAUCCAUUAGUGGUGAUCAAUAUUUAAAGGAUAACAGAUAUAGAAUAUAGAGAAUAUAGUUUAAAAAAUGUAGCCCUAGGCAAUCAUCAUUUGUAAGCUUAACCUUUGCAGUCAUCUGUGACAUCUCCAGAUGUAAAAAACAUGGACUGAACAUAUGAACAAUGGACUACACGCUGAAACACGCUCACACUUGUAACCGUGAUCGGAGAACCUGUCGUUUCUGACUGCUGAUUUUACAAUGUACGUGACGGACCUUCGUUGAAGGUUCACUGUAUAUUUCUGACUGGUGUACUGUAUGUAAAGACUGAAUAAAACCUUGAAUGUUACAUCGAGCCUGAA